AUGGCACGGCUAGGUUAUCGCUUUGUUGUGUUGCUGGCAUUCUUUCAUGUGGCUGACACAGUGCCAAUUGUUAAUUUUGAAAUGGAGAUUCCUAUGUUGACACCAGGAAAGCGAAUACCAGACGUAGGACACGAAAAGAUAAGGCACAACAUAAAAACCUCGAACCAUGAAGAACAUGCUAAAGAAAACAAAGUUGAUCGAAGUACGAAGAAUGUAGUUGACGAUUCAGUGUGGAACCAAAGUGAUUCCUAUAACAUGUACAGAGGUAUCCAAAAUUCAGCCCAAUAUGACAAGGAAGAUAAAAUUAAUUUCCAGACAACAAAGAUACACAAACGGAAAGAUUUGUUUGAUAACCAAGACAAAACAAAACACAAACAAUACUUUCUUACUCAAGGGAUGCACAAACGGGAAGAUUUGUCUGACAACCAGGAUAAAACAAAACACAAACAGUACUUCCAUACUCAAGGGAUGCACAAACGGGAAGAUUUGUCUGACAACCAGGAUAAAACAAAACACAAACAAGUGGACGUGAAAAUCAAACAACACCCGGAUAACCCAGCUAUCAUCACCUUGCUCAGUCCUUCGUUAAAAUCUCAUUCAGACGAUAGAUCUUAUCCACAGACAACAACGAGGAAUCAGUUACUUAAUGACACAUUACGAUUCAAAGCCCUAGAGCAUAAACCAACAACAUCCCAAAAACCUUCCACGCUUACAAACAGUUUCCAUACUACCAGUACUUACAAUUCUUCAAUAUCUUAUAAUUUAACAACUACGACUAUAGAAACAAGUACUGCCACUACACCACCUGCCACUAAAACACCAAGCACUACAACACCCAUCAUAACAACACCAACCACUACAACAUCCAUCACAACAUCAUUAUCCACCACUAAAACACCAACCACUACAACACUAACCACUACAUCACCUACAACUACAAAUCCCACCACUACAACAUCCACCACAAUAACAACACCUAUCACUACAACACCUAAUAUCAUAGCAACACCUAGUACAAGAAUACUUACAACCACAACAAUACCUAUUACAACCACAACAACGCCUAUUACUACAACACCUGCUACCACAAAAACACAUUCUACUACCACAACAAUACCUACUACCGCAACAAUAUCAACACCGACUAAUGAAACACCUACUAAUACCACUACAACACCAACUACCACAACACCACCUACUACAACAACACCUACUAAUACAACAACGCCUACAACCAUAACAACACCUACAAGCACUAAAACACCUACGAAUAUCACAACACCCACUUCCAAAACACUCAUCACAAAAGCACCAACCACUACAACUUCUACCACUAAAACAACACUCACAACUACAACUCCCAUCACAACAACAUCCACCAAUACAACACCCACCACUAAAACACCCAUUACAACAACAUCCAUCACUUCAACACCCACAACUAUAAGACCCAUCACAACAACAUCUACCACUACAACACCGACUACUAUAACAACACCCAUUCCCCCAAUACCCAUCACAACAACAUCCACGACUUCAACACCCACAACUACAACACUCAUCACAGCAUCUACCACAACAACACCUACAACUACAACACCCAUCACAGCAUCUACCACAACAACACCUACAACUACAACACCAAUCACAGCAUCUACCACGACAACACCUACAACUACAAAACUCAUCACUACAACACCCAUCACUACAACAACACCUACCACUAUUACCACACAUACCACUACACCAUCCACCAGUACAACACCUACCACUACAACACUCACCACUUCAACACCCAUAGCUACAACAUCCACAACUAUAACUCGUACCACUAUAACAAUCCCUACUACCACAACAACACCCACAACCACAACACCUACUACUACAAAACCUACCACUAUUACAACACCUACCACUACAACACCCAUCACUACAACACCUACCACUUUAACAACACACACCACUACAACACCUACUACUACAACAUCUACUACCAUAACAACACCUGCAAGUACUACAAUACAUAUUACAACCGCAACAACGCCUACUACUACAACACCCGCUACCACAACAAUACCUACUACCGUAACAACACCUGCAACAACCUCAACACCGACUACUGAAACACCUAUUAAUACCACUACAACACUUAAUACUACCACAACAACACCCACUACCACAACAGCAUCUACAACUCAAACAACACGUAAAAUUGCAUCAACACCUGCUUCUAUAACAACAACAGCUACGUCUUCUACUACAAUACCUACUACUACAACAACCCCUACUACCACAACACCCACUACAACAACCCCUACUACAACAACACCCAUAACUACAACAUCCACCACUACAACUCGUACUACUAUAACAAUCCCUACUACCACAACACCAUCCACAACUACAACACCUACCACUACAAAACCCUACACUAUAACAUCACCUACCACUAUUACAAUCCCUACCACUACAACAUCCCCCACUAUAACUCCUACUACUACAACACCUACCCCUGUAACAACACCCAUCACUACAACACCUACUUCUACAACACCUACUACUACAACACCCAUCACUACAACACCUACAAGUAAGACAAUACCUAUUGCAACCUCUACUACUACAACACCUGCUACCACAACAACGCAUUCUACUACCACAACAACACCUACAACCGCAACAACACCUGCAACAACAUCAACACCGACUACUGAAACACCUACUAAUACUACUACAACACCUAAUACUACCACAACAACACCCACUAUAACAACAUCAACACCGACUACAACAACAACACCUACAACUCAAACAACACAUAAAAUUGCAUCAAUACCUGCUUCUAUAACAACAAUUACAGCAACGUCUUUUACUAUAAUACUUAGUACUAUAACAACCCCUACUACAUCUACACCUACUACUAUAACAACACCUACAAGCACUACAACACCUACUACUUUAACAACACCCACUACCACAACACCCACUACAACAACACCUGCAACAACAUCAACACCGACUACUGAAAUACCUACUACCACAACAACACCAACUACCACAACACCCACUACAACAAUACCCACUACCACAACACCUACUACAACAACACCCACUACCACAACAACGCCUGCAACCACAACAAAACCCACUAUCGCAACGACACCUACUAAUACAACAACACCUUCCACUACAUCAACACCUAUUCCUACAACAACACCAACUACAACAAAAACACCUACAACUGCAAUGACAUCUACUGCUACCACAACAAGAACUACAACAACACCUACAACUUCUAAAACACAUACCUCUACCACAACACCUACUACCACAACACCCACUGCUACCACAACAACCACUACAAAUACACCUGCCACUACUACAACACCUACUACUUCAACAACACCUACAACUACACCUAUUAGAUCAACAUCGUGUACUACCAAAACAAUUACUGUAACAUCAUCUUUCGUACAACCACCUGCUUCAGCAGCACCUUCUAAAACAACUCUUACCAUUCCUACAUCUGCAACAUUACAUGUUAAUGCAACAUUUUCCACUGCAACAACAACACCUACCAUCACAACGUCUAAUACCACAUCAAAAACAAGUACUACCACAACAACACCAACUACUGUAACGCCUACUUAUACAACAGCAUCUACUACUACAACAACUUCUACAACACAUAUUUCUACCACAACACCUACUACCACAACACCCACUACUACCACAACACCCACUACUACCACAACAACAGCAUCUACUGCCACAACAACACCAACUACCGCAACACCUGCAUCUACCAUUACAACACCUAUUGAAAUACCUACUACUUCAUCAGUCACUCAUAAUGAUUCCAACACACGUAUAACUAAAGUUACGCCUACUACUACAACUAUUCUUUAUGGACCAACUAAAUCAAAUUAUCCUGGAGAUAUACCCAUGGUCACUACCAAAUCUACAAAGACUAUGUACACUUUCUCAGUCAUAAGAAAUAUGACCACUGAGACUACAUCCUCAUUAGUACCGUCCAUCACAACCUCAUCAAAAUCCACAUUUCCGCCUGUUACUAUCACAUCCAGUGUUACAGGCAAGCCUUCUACCUCAACCACGUUGUCUCAAACCCACACAAUCGUUUCUAACAGAGUGAAGACAAAGCGCCAUAAAGGAGACGUAAGACUGAUGUCUAAUUUAUUUAGGGACAGUAUUCUAGAAGACAGAAAUAAAAAUCUAUUACGGAUUAAAUUUGACGAAGUGAAACCAUAUAAUGUACAAAAUCAUAUAAAAACACUGAGAGCACAACAUAAUGUACCAAGAAUUAUGAACAGAACUAGUAAACAUAAGAAUGUACCUCUUAUCGCAGGGGAAAAAAUGACACACCCUGACAUGUCAAAUCAAGGCGAUCAAUUAAAUAUACAUAAACAUGGAACAAAUUUGUUCGACAAAGUCAAACCUAUUUUUCGCGUAAGAAAUAAUGUCGACAAAAUUGGGACAAAAUACCUCUUACAAAGUUCAGUAGAUAAAUCGAGUAUAGAAAAGAAAACAAUACUAAAACCACAAAUACACCAUAAUUCCGAAGGGAACGCAAGUCAAACCGUUGAUGACUAUGUAACAAAAACAUCCAACAAAGCUCGAGAGGACAAAUUCUGGACAAAGCAACAGCAACCGAACAUUUCAGACAAAGUGCGGCCAAAACAAGAUUUAUUAAAUACACUGGACAACAUCUGGACAAAUCUAUUCAAUAUUACAGACAAAAUACUGACAAAACAGGAAAUAUUAGAAACGCUGGACAAUAUCUGGACAAAUCACCAUCCAUCCAACAUUACAGAUAAGGUGCGGACAAAACAAGAAACAUUAAAUACGCUGGACAACAUCUGGACAAAUCACCGUUCAUCAAACAUUACAGACAAGGUGCGGACAAAACAAGAAACAUUAAAUACGCUGGACAACAUCUGGACAAAUCACCAUUCAUCAAACAUUACAGACAAGGUGCGGACAAAACAAGAAACAUUAAAUACGCUGGACAACAUCUGGACAAAUCACCAUUCAUCAAACAUUACAGACAAUGUGCGGGCAAAACAAGAAACAUUAAAUACGCUGGACAACGUCUGGACAAAUCACCAUUCAUCAAACAUUACAGACAAGGUGCGGACAAAACAAGAAACAUUAAAUACGCUGGACAACAUCUGGACAAAUCACCGUUCAUCAAACAUUACAGACAAGGUGCGGACAAAACAAGAAACAUUAAAUACGCUGGACAACAUCUGGACAAAUCACCGUUCAUCAAACAUUACAGACGAAAUGAACCAUGCUGUGUCAGGUAAAGUCAACAUAGUAAAGACAAAUGACCAUGGACAAAGUGCUGUCCACCAAGUGAGAGUUAUCGUUUACAUCCCACCUACGGGUAAAAAUGUGGAAAUGAAUCACUUAUCAAAUGUUCAUGCAAUGACAAAUGCCAAUGACAGAAGGACAACUAACCCCAUAGAUACAGAGUUAACGAAAACUACAAAACAUCCCAACACGAGAGGGAUCAACAAGGUGUUUCACGGCAUUGAUCAAAAGCAUUUAGUGACUACAGAUACACUAAGACAGGACACUGAAGUCACAAUUAAUACUCCGGUAACUAAGGCCGACAAAGGCAUACGUGUUCAUAACGACAAAAGAACAAGUAAGACGGUAUUUUUCGGCAAUGAACAAAGAACAAAGCAAGCAAACGAUGAGGCUGAUGGAGCAAUCAGUAAAAUCACUAACUACACAGAGGAGACCACGAGAAAUGAUGAGGAUAGUGAGAGUAGAGAAACAGGUGAAGACACGAGAGGUACACUACCACGUAGUGUAUCUGACGACGAGAGAGAUAGCGAAGAGGAAGACUGA